AUUUUUUUCGUUUAUAAUGAGUUUGUAUUUCGAAAAUCAUUGAAUUGGAUAUGAUAUAUUUUUUAGAUUAUUUAAUAUAAAUUUGAAAUAUAUUUUUUAAUUUUUUCUAACAUUAUCUUAUAUUUAUCACUAAAAAAAAGUUAUAUAAACAAAUUGAUAAACUUAAAAUAUAAUAGAUUUUAUUAAAGUUUGUAUAAUUUUUAUUUUUUUUAGACGAUUUUGUCUUAAGAAUUUGUUAAAUUUAAAAUUUUUACUCAUUAAAUAAGUUUUAUGACACGAAAAUUUUUUGUUGGAGGGAAUUUCAAAGCUAAUGGAACAAUCGAAAGCAUUAAAAAAAUAGUUGAUUUUUUAAAUAAAUCUGAACUAGAUUCUAAUGUUGACGUUGUAAUUUCUCCUUCUGAACUUUAUCUUCUUUAUGUCAGAGAGCAUUUAAGAGAUGAUAUAGGUGUAUCUGCUCAGAAUGUUUAUAGUAGUUCUCCUGGACCAUAUACAGGAGAAAUCACAGCUGAGCAGUUAAAGGAUGCUAAGAUAUUAUGGACAAUUGUUGGUCAUAGUGAGCGUAGGACCUAUUUUAACGAAAGCGAUCAAUUUAUUGCUUUAAAAACAAAACAUGCUCUUGAAAAUGGGAUGUCUGUUAUUCUUUGUAUUGGAGAAAACUUGGAAGAGCGUGAAUCAGGUCGCACUAUUGAUGUAGUAACCUCGCAAUUGCAGUAUGUUUUCCAAUAUGUAAAGUAUUGGUCGAAUUUGGUUAUAGCUUAUGAGCCUGUUUGGGCUAUUGGAACAGGAAAAGCUGCAAGUCCUGAACAGGCACAAAAUGUUCAUAGUGAAAUACGACUAUGGUUAAAAAAACAACUGGGUGAGGAAAGUGAUAAUAUCCGUAUUAUAUAUGGUGGUUCAGUAACAUCUAAAAAUGCAAAAGAAUUAUCUGUGAUGGCUGAUAUUGAUGGAUUCCUCUUAGGUGGUGCUUCUUUAAAAGAGGAAUUUAAAGAUAUUAUCAAUAUAAAAAUCUCUAAAUGAGCUUUAGAAAAUAAAAAUAACGUUAUCUAUAAAAUUAUGUUUUAUAGUUUUAGUUGUAUUCGUUAAUUUAGGUGAUAUUAUUUUAUAAUUAAAUAAUUUUAACGUUUUUUUUUGUAUAUAUUUUUAAAAAAUAUAUGCUUUUUAUAUAUCUGGGAUCUUGAAUUUAAUAUUUCUGUAAUAAUAAUAAUAAUAAUAAUA